GGGCGAUGGUUUCCUGGGAUGAGGAUUGGGUUGUUUAAAAAGCAACAGGAAAACAAGACAAUCACCUCGAUUCACCUGCGCUCGCGGAACUGUAAAUGAAGAGUACGUGUUUCUUCUGUUGAAUCAGCUAAUUUUACACGAAGUGCAGGCAGUAUAAAAUUACUACAGUUCUAUCACCGCGGCACAAUGGCCAAGCCGUGCAGCGUUCUGCUGCUAUCUGCGGCACUGUUCCUUCCGUGCGUUCUUUCGCUGCCCGUCGUCACGCAAAAGCCUACUCCUGCGGAAACCAAGUCCGAGGACAGCACAACGGAACGGUUCGAAAACAUUAUCGAGUAUAACAAGUACCUGCAGGAGGUCGUAAACGUACUUGAGAGCGACCCUGCGUUCGCACAAAAACUCCAGGAAUACCCUGAACCGGACGUGCGAUCCGGAAAAAUUGCCCAAGAGCUUGAGUUUGUGAGUCAUCAUGUGCGGUCCCGGUUGGACGAACUGAAGCGGAUGGAGUUGCAGCGAUUGAAGGAAGCUGCCACUAGACAAUUUGAGCUGACGAACGAGAUCGAUCGGGAUCACAUGAAGAUCAGCGAGCAUCUGGACCACUCGAAUCCACAUACUUUCGAGAUUGACGAUUUGAAGAAGCUGAUCAUUAAGACUUCGCAGGAUCUGACGGAGCACGAUCAGAAACGACGGGAAGAGUUCAAGCAGUAUGAAUUGCAGAAAGAGUUCGAGAAGCAAGAAAAGCUUCGGCUACUCGACGAGGAACACCGGAAGGCUUAUGAGGAGGAGCUGAAGAAGCAACAGGCGAAGCACGAUAACCACGAGAAAAUUCACCAUCCAGGAAACAAGGCGCAGCUGGAGGAGGUGUGGGAAAAGCAGGACCACAUGGACGGGCAGGAUUUCGAUCCGAAAACGUUCUUCAUGCUGCACGACCUCGACGGUAACAACAUGUGGGACGAGAACGAGGUGAAGGUGUUGUUUAUUAAUGAACUGAACAAGAUGUACCAGGCUGGCGCACCGGAAGAUGAUAUGAAAGAGCGCGCGGAAGAGAUGGAGCGAAUGCGUGAGCAUGUUUUCCAGGAGGCAGAUACCAACAAGGACGGGCUGAUCAGUUUUGAAGAAUUUGUAGCACAGACGAAGCGCGACGAGUUCCAGAAGGAUCCCGAGUGGCAAACGGUUGAUCAUGAGCCUCAGUUUACGCAUGAAGAGUAUCUAGAGUUUGAGCGACGCCGCCAGGAAGAAAUACAGAGGUUGAUCGCGGAAGGAAAGCUGCCGCCCCACGCCAACAUGCCACAGGGGUACCAACCAGGACCAAACGGUCAGUACCAGGUUCAUCCGAAUGCCAUCCCGCAACAGCACUAUCCGCAGCACCAGCAGCAACCACCACAUUACCAGCAACAACAACAUGUCCAGCAGCAGCAACAGCAGCAUUACCAGCAGCAACAACAGCAGUAUCAGCAACAGCAGCCACAAAUGCAUCAUCAACAAGGACCACCGCCAGUCCCACAGGGCCAGCAAAUAAAUGUGCAUCCAAAUCAGGCAUAUGAUAAUAUUGUGCCGCAUCCGCCACAUCACGCCGCUCCCAAUACCGGUCAACAGUCAACGGUUUAUACUGGACAGCAACAAUCGCAUCCACAAUACCAAGGCCAGCAACAGCAGCAUCAUCAACAACAGCAGCAGCAACAGCAAGCAGCUGUCGCACAGCAAUAUCAAUCCAAUCACAUUCCGCAGGGAUCCGCUCAGCAGCCAAAGCAGCUAACACAGCCCAACCAACAGCCACCACAGCAGACCGCUCCACAGCAUCAAGAGCAGCAACAAACCGCUCCACAGUAUCAACAGCAACAGCAACAGCAACCAUCGGCACAGCAACCACAAUAUCAAGCCCAGCAACCAAAUCAACAACAACCAGCAGCUGCGGCGGUUCAACCAUCCGUGGCACAGGUGAAACACUGAACACUGGACGGGACGGCGGGGAAACAUUAUUCCCACAAAAUACCUUGUGAAAAUCAAUCAACGCCAACGAAGUACUCUGUUUCUCCCGGUUCCCGGUGGAGCUUCCAGAUAUGCCUACAUAUGGAAGCACAUUCCUCUUCCAUCCACCUGUAUCUUGUUCGUUAGCUAGGAUGCUUGUGUGUUGGUUUGAAAACGAAAAACCGAAAUAGCACAGGAAUGUUAAAAUAGGACUAAAAGAGAUGCUGUCUUACGGUUAAACAAGAAUGAUAAACAUGCAUAGGCCGCGAUAGGCUAAACUUGAAACAGAUAGAGACCAGGUGUGAUAAACGGAAUGAAAAUAUUAUUACUGCAAUCAUCUUGAAUACUUUGUGAUGUAUCUCUUUCUCUUUUGUAGCAUUUUUUUUCUUUGAAUCAAGUUUUUUUAUAAUUCCAUUUUUUGUCUAGAAAAGAAUCAAACGAAACAGAGGAGUAAAUACAACUAACCGCCAAUAAAGUUUCUUUGGUUUUGACUGUA